CAGAAAAAUAAUAAUAGUCAAUUAAAACGAUGUCUCUGCUGCACAAAAUUGGACGAGUCGCGCUUCAGACACACUCCUUCGCGUCCAGGCACCAGCUGUCGGUGGCCACACGUGCCUUUAGCAAUGAAAUAACCCAGGCUGGACCUGCAUCCUCCGAGGAUCAUCCGGAAAGCAGCAGCAAAGGUGGCUUUGCCCGUGCCUUUGACAAAUACACAGCUCCAGCGACGCCAGAGCAGCCGCAGUUGGACAAUCAAACGUUUGCCUCCAUGCUGCGCAACUCCAAGUUCGUGGAUCUGGGCAGUGCCGAAGGCAAGGUGGUAAGCGGCAAGAUCUUUCACGUCGUGGAGGAUGAUCUGUACAUAGAUUUCGGCUGGAAGUUCCACUGUGUGUGCUCGCGACCCACUCGCAAUGGCAGUGACUAUGUGCGUGGUUCGCGCGUCCGCUUACGUGUCAAGGAUCUGGAGCUGUCCACCAGGUUCCUCGGAUCAUCCAAGGACAUAACCAUCCUGGAAGCAGACUGCCAACUGCUGGGUCUGAUAUCCACUCCCACUAGACAGGGAGCAUCCAGAGCAGCGCCCAAAAUUGAUAAUAUUCUAUAGAAUUUAUUCUAAAAAAUGUAGAGUGCAUUAAACAAAGUGUUUGUUAAGUUAAA